AUGACUAUUCAAUUUUGCUCAACGGCGCGUCUAGGAGAAGCCAUGACUACAGAUGCGAUCAACAAGCAGACCAAUUCUUUCGGUCACAAGGUCAUUCACGCAGACAUCAAGGUUACGGGGAUUGAUGAUGCGUCCCAGUCUGGCGAGAUAAGUCCGUCGCCGGACAAGCUUCUAGAACCAAGCACCUCGAGUCCUACAGAUGAUGCGGAUAAGCAACGUGCUGAUCACAUGCGGAUCUGGUGGGAUGAGGCCAUCGCAAAGAAUAUGUCGCUCCCAGAGGGCUAUACCGAUGUCUCGGUUCUCAUCAUCAAAUGGGAUGAUGAGCUCGAUGAGCUCAAGACAUGGCCGGAGGUAGAAGAGCUCGACGCUGUGUUCCGCGACCGCUUCCGCUACACGACCGAGAUCGUCGAGCUGAACAUGAAGGGAAAGCCCCAGCUACAACUGAAGAGCCGUAUCGGCAAGUUCAUCGAAGAACACGACGGACCGAACAAUCUUCUCAUCGUGUACUACACCGGACACGGCGUAUAUCAGGAGAACGAGAAAUACCUGCAACUCGCCGCCUGCAUCAACCCGAGGGAAGGCAAGGGAUUCCACAAGGAUGCACACGCAAACUGGGACAAGAUCGAGAAGAUUCUGAGAUCCGACGACAACGACAGCGACGUCUUGACCAUCCUGGAUACCUGCUACUCCAGCAACAUGACCAAAUCGGCCAAGCAGGCGACAAGGAAAUUCGAGCUACUCAGCGCAUGCCCCAUUGACCAAGUGACCGCGGCACCGGGCCCAUGGUCUUUUACCCGCGCUCUGAUCGACAAUCUGAGGGACCUUGCAAAGACCUAUGGCGACAAGCCAUUCUCCACAUUUCACCUGAACCAACGCAUAUGCAUGGACCAGCGGCGUCUGUUGACGCCAUCGCACCUCUGGCAUCGGCUACCCAACGACCAGCACAUUCUGCUCGCGCCGCUGAAACCGUACAUGGGCCAGGCGCAGCGGAUGCCCGAGCUAGCCAAGGCGCCGAGGGGGUACCUGACGCUGCAAUUCGCGCUGCGGGACGACACGCUGAACCAGGUGCAGAUUGAGUUCCUGACGACGAAGCUGGCCAAGGCAUUUGAGAACAAGGCGCUGUUGGGCCUGAGCCGCGUCGACUGGCUCGGCAUCAAACCCACCCGCAUCGCGGCGCAGUUCAACCGCACCACCCUGGCCGUCUACGCCGUCACGCAGUGGAAGAAGUACCUGACCAGCAAGCGAGAAGCACGACAGUCGCAGCAGCGCCCGGCGGAGCUGGCACCAAUGGACGCGGAUACGGACAACGACGCAGCGCGGUCUCGGCGCAAGCGCUCGCUGGAACUGCACGGCGAUGUGACGGCCGCGAAGCGACGAUGCACGGACAAUUCGCAGCCGAUGCUGUCGCCCGUGUCGGACACAUGGCGCUCUUGA